UUUUAUUUCAAAUUUUGUUGCGUUCGAUGUAUAUAUAGUUUCGUUCGUAUUUAUAAUUUUUUCUUCAUUCCGGACUGCGUUACAGCGCUUACGCACUCGAAAUUAUGUCAUUUUCGGUGUGUUUGGUUGUUUAUUGUUUUUACUGUCUUGCCAGAGCACAUUGCGGCGUUUUAGCAGUUUAUAUGUUGUUAUAGCUGGUGUUCCUAUAAAUGUCUUGUUCAGAAUUUUUUUUUUUUUUGCGUAUGUUUUGCAGUCUUAGAUCAUCGUCGCGUCUGGUUUUAAAAUAAAGCAGUUUAUUUACCACUGUCUGCGUUUUAAAAAAGAAAAGUUUUUGCCGGUGUGUCAGUAGUAUGUUACGACCUCGGACUUAAGUUUGUGUUAGUGACGUUAAUUUUUGUCUGUAUGGGCCCGAGCUUAUAAAAGAUUGGUUUGGGCCCUAGUCAAUUGCCUUUUUUGCUUAUAGGAUAACGCGCCAUUGAUUAGCACUUGUCUUCGAUGUAUGCAGCGUCAUUUGGGACUCUGUGCUCGUCAGGUACUGUACAGUACGUACAGUACAUCAGAAAGAGAGGAGACACAGCAAAGUGGAUUUUCUACGUCGGAAUGGGUUUUUGAAAGUGUUAUUAACGACUUUCUUUAGCUUACUUCUGAAACUUUGGCUUUUUAUUAAUUAAUUUUCUUUCAAUCAAAUAAGCUGAUAUAACAGAUCUAUCAAUCAGUGGCAACAGAUUCAAAAUGUAUCAGACUGCGACAGUUACCGGAUCACAAAAUGCUGGAUUAAAGAGGUUCAACCUGUAAUUAGCUUACUUAUAUUUCGAAUUAUCUUCGUAUCUCAAAAUUAAUUCUUUGGUGUCUUGCGGGUUUGUUGUCGCCGCCUCUCUCCGUCUUUCUGUAUUCCUCGAUUCUCUCUUCUGUCUCUAGUUCUACUUCUCACGGAUCAUCGUCUCCUCCUUCCAUCUUAUUUAUCUUUAUGAAAUAUAUUAUACAGGAAGAUUAAUUGUAUUAGUUUUAUAACAAGUGUAGCAUCAGUACAAAUACUUCCAUUAAAAGGGUUGUAAGCAGGGAUACAAUUAGGCAAUGUGUCACUUGGGACAGAUGAAGAUUCCAGAGCUUUCACUCGUUCUAGAGGUUUGUUAUCUUGACGACACGUGAUGAGUCAGUAUGAGUUUUCCUUCUUAUACUAUACAUCCUUUUCUCUUGACAUUCUCUUAAUUGUCACCAAUAAAUAACUUCUUAUCCCUUUUUCAAAUAAUUACACAAUCUCUUUUCUCAAAAUCCCAUUACCUGGCACUCUAUUCUUUUGUUCAAGUCUUAUUUCUUUUUUUAUCUAAUGUUAGGGGAGAAAUAUACAAACAGAUCAACGAAAGUCAUUUUUCUUUCUUCCUACUAACUCUUCGGGAGGAAAACGAUGCUACGACAUUUCUAAUCUCUGCCUUGUUUUGUAAAUGUAGGGUCAAUUCAUUUACGAUGAAGUGAGUUAGUAGAGUUACCGAUUCUUCGUUCUUGCAUACAAUCUAGCAUUUUAAUUUGUUUCGAUGGAACAUUCCCCCAGUCAUUUUUCGACAAAAUAGCGAGUUUUUUUUAAUUCCACUUUGAUAAAACAAAGGUGAAUUGUAUAUUAGUAAUGGAUUUUUCGAGGUUUCUCGUAUAUUAAAAACACGAAAAUAAUAUUUCAAAUGAUAACCUCUAGGCCUCUAUGAACUUCGGGACCGAAUCGAAUCAAACUAAAGGGCCCGCCGGCCCCUCUAACGAUAAGGCCCUGGUAGAGUGUUAAGGUAAAUUUUCAGUAAAAUGUCAAAUUUUGAACAAUUGAAUCACGGAAAAUAUUCGAAUGAUUUAUAAUAAUAACGGAAUCCAUUUGUUGUAGUCUAAUUGUAUUAUUCCAUUUGUUAGGAGGACAAACGCUUGAAAAUAUCGAUUCAUUUGUUUUUUAUACAAAACAAAAAAAUUAUUUGAAGAAUUUUGUCAUUUUUAUAAAUACAUUUCUGUGAAGAAGUGUUCAAAAGUAAAAUUAAAGCCAUUCGAACGAUAGUAAAAAAAGAAAAUCUCCAUGAAAAGUUUUCUCAAGAGUUUUUUGAAUUCCGGGAGAAGUCGUAAAUUAGAAAAAGAGGAAGAGGGGACCACGUCCGUCUACGUGCACGAUUUGUCAGGUUUCUGUGACGUUGUCGACGACGAAGAAGAGAAGAAAAACCAAAAUAAAACAGACGAAAAGACCGCAGACUCUACGGAAAUCGAUUCGAAAAUCCAACGCUGCGAGAAGGAACUCGAAUUUUCUUCCAUCGAUUUUAAAGACGAAGUCGACGUUUCUUUAUUAAAGGCGGCAACACGUAAAAAAUGGCUUAACUCGAAAACGAUUAAGCCCACUACCGGCACGGGCCGUUUAAAUAAUACUGAUACUCCAGGAGGUUCUGUGGAGAAGAACGUGGAUUGCAGUGGGGUGUUGGAAUCUCCAAACUCACAGGACGACGGCGUACGACGAAGGAAGCUCCGUGUUAGUUAUGCAAAUUCUAACGUCCCGGAAGAAAUAAUCAGUAGUCCGUCGCGUUUUUUCUUCGCCGAACAAUACAUUAAAUCGAAUUAUCGGAAAACUCUAGAAGAAACAAUAAAAGAAGCGAUUCUUCGAUCGCUCCAACGAGAAAAAAGAAUUCCCUUACUUAAAGAAGAAGUCGAUAAUAAUAAAUCUAGGCGCGGAGAUAGUUUCCCGCCCGCCUUAAUUUCCCCUACAAGAAACGACCGUCGGGCUUUCUCGUCUGGUGAUAAAUUUAAAGACGAGAGGGUCCAACCGCCGCCAAACAAUUCGUUAACGAAAAGUACCGCCGAGGCGACUAGGGAAGAGUCGGAUGCCAUGCUUUUUACCAUAGCAUUUCGAGUCUUCGACGAUUUGAUAGACGUGGGCCAAGAAAAUUCUAGUCUCGACGAAGAAAACGAAAGUUCCAUUUCUAUUCCUUGUUUUCGUUUUUUUAAAAAUAUCCUAAAGAAAGAAGAAUCGUCGGAGGAAAGCGAUAGCCGACCCCGAGGGAAGAAAGAUAAAGCGCUAGAAAUGGCCAAAGAAUCGGAAACGACACCCGAAAAAGAAAAACCGGCAAAAACUGCAUCACUCCAGAUGUCUUCGGAGAAUGCGGUGGAAGACGAAGAGGAAGAAGAUGUAGAGGAGGGGGAAGAGGAUGAAGAAGAAGAUGAUGAGGAGGAGGAGGAGGAAGAAGAAGGCGACGAAAACGAAAAGGGUGAGGCCGUAAACAAAGAAUUAUCUCCGGAAAAAUUUAAAACCCAGCCGAUAACGGAAGAAUUGCAAAAAACCGUAGCUCCUCACGAAUAUCAGCAAGUGGUAACCGUUUUUCCAACGGAAGAGAAUGGCCAACAAACUUUAGAGUCGCUAUCCGAACAAAGCGGGUCGAUAAAAACAACACCUUCGUAUAGAGACCAGCAGAAACAAAUUCCUUCGAUUCGUUACGAGACCGGCAAAGCGGUGACGGUCCACUCCCAACCUCCCUCUCGAGAUAGCGUUACGGUAGAAACAACGCAGACUUUCUGUUAUCAAAGGAAAACACAAAGUAUCUCGAAAGAAGCUGAAAGUCCACCGACGACAACGCCAGCCGACGGCCACGGAACGAAACCGAAAAAUGUCCGUUACGCCGCCACUCCGGUCGUCACCGAAGUCCUACAGGAGGAAUACCGUUCUUCCUCUAAACGUGGCCAUCGUCCAGGUGUUUCGUUUUCCGAAGACGAUUCGAUUUACGUCACGGGCAAAAUCGAAAAUUGGGACGACGUUAAAUCGGGAAGAACCAACAAAAUGAUCAUCAGCGGAGAAUAUUUCCAGUAUAAAUCCAACGAAGAGAACCCGAGGCGGCAAUAAACGGGACAUUAAGAUUGUGUCAAAGCCAAUGUAACGCCUUUACCGUUACGUCCCCGCCAUUGAAUAGGAAUUAAUUUUGUUCAGAUGUCAAAAUUGAGUUGAAAGAAUAAUUAUUACAAAAGCGUAAUAACGAUAUUACGCUUUCAUCAAAAUGCUAAUUUAAAAAUAAUUCAUUUAUAAAUAAUAAUUAUAAUUUCAUGUAACUCGAUCAAAAUGGUUUAAAAUAAAAAUUCUUAUCCAGGGCUGUGGAGUCGGAGUCGGUAGAUUUUUAACUCCCCACCCCACGACCUUUAAACACCAAAACUAAAUAGCAUCAAUCCCCCGAUACACAAAUCUUCCUGCAAAAUUUCAGAAAUUGUCGAGAAAAAACUGGGAGUUAUUAUUCUUCAAAGAGGUUAAUCAUGGUAUCCGAGAAAUGUGUGGAAGAAACGAAGUCUAAUUAGUAAGAGAAAGACUUGAAAAAGGCUAAGAAGAAAAACAAACUUAUUGCGAAGCACGAAAGCGGAAAACAGUGGCUUUGAUAAGAUAGAAGUUAAAGAUAAUGGCUUUGGAAUUAAACAGUCUGAAAUUCAUCUUGCUGCACAAC